AUGAUGGAUAAAAGCUGUAAUUUGUCUGGUGACUCUACUACUAAUACAUGUUCAAGUAGUAGCAGUGGUGUUAAUAACAGAGAUCGAUGCCUCAAACACGUCAAUAAAAUCUCUCUGAAGAUCUCUAAACCCUCACAUGGCGUCAGGAAGUCAACUUUUGAUGAGCAUCAUCAACCAUCCGAACCCCAACGAGAAGAUCAAGAUCAAACGCAAACGCAAUCACAGCCGCAGCAUAUGCAACAACAGCAGCAGCAGCAGAAUCAGCCCCCGGUGUAUAAUAUCAACAAGAGCGACUUCCGCGACGUCGUUCAGAAGCUCACUGGCUCGCCAGCGCACGAGCGGUUCUCUACUCCUCCGCCGAUACAGCCACCGAAACCCCCUAGCUCUCGCCUUCAGCGGAUCCGCCCUCCACCCCUCGCGCAAUUUAGCAACCGCCCCCCUCCCAUGCUAAUCUCCGCCGCCCUACCACCAAACCCUAACAAUCCCACCUACGCCGCCACCAAUGUUAACUUCACCUCCAGUCAGCGCCCAAUACAGCCUCUGUCUCCUCUACCGCCGUUCCCGUCGGUGCAUGCGGCGGCGGAAUCGCCGAUCUCCGCCUACAUGCGGUUCCUUCAGAGCUCAAUCUCCGCCGUCGAUUCGGAUCCAAAGCGGUACUCGGGACUCUUGCCUUUAGCUCCACUAGCUUCGCCUCGAUGGAACAAUCUUGCUCAAACUCAACCGCCUCAGUAUCGGCAGCAGAACAUUCCUCCAUCGAUCACUUCUGCUCCUAUGGCUUUACCGCAGUUUCCAAUGCCGCCAUCUUCCCCGCUUCCAUUCGGUUGCUUGCCGUCGCCACGGUCGCCUUACCCUUUACUGUUUUCGCCGACGGGGCAAUUUGGAUUUCAGCAACUGCCUCUGUCGCCGACACUGCCGGUAACGAGCCCUACGUGGAAAGGUCUUUAAGGUUCUUCAUGAAUUACACACCACUGUUACAAAGUUAAACACCGCAUCAUCAAGAAGCUCCCUUCGUAAAGAAAGCAUCUUCAAGCUGAGAGAUCGAUAUAGAGAGAGAUGAGGGAAUUAAACAUCAUAUGUCG